GUUGGAGCCGCUCAAGCAACGUUCCUUCACCCGUCACGGCUCCAGCAGCUCACUGCGGCUCACGUGGCUCAAGCGACGCCGUGCCCGAUGUCGAGCGAUGAGGCGGCUUUCAUUACCCUGGACGAUCCGGCGGCUGGCGCGGACGACUUGAGCCGCGCCCUCGUGGCGUGCCAGCGGUCGCGUCACUGGCGGCAGGCCCUGGUGCGGUUGCAGCUGGAGACAGGGCCCAAGCCCAGCGUGCUGGGCUACAAUGCGACCAUCUCUGCUUGCGCGCGGGAGCGGCACUGGCAAGAGGCACUGCAGAUCCUGCAGCUCAUCCGAAGGGACCAGCUGCAGCCCAAUGCCAGCAGCUUCAACAGCUGCCUGGCCGCCCUGGCGCGCGCGGAGUCCGCCGCGCGCGCAGCUUGGGCGCAGGGCGUGGCCUUGCUGGCGGAGAUGCCCCGCGCGCAGGUGGACCCAGAGCUUCUGACGCACAACACUGCGCUGCGUGCACUGCGGCCUCGCUGGCGCCAGGUCCUUGAGCUCUUUGCCUCCAUGAGAGAGCGGGAUACUGUGAGCUACACAGCCGCCAUCAAUGCCGCGGAAAGGAGCCAGCACUGGCAGUGGGUGGUGCAGUUGCUGGAUGACAUGCGCCUGGAGCGUGUGGCGCCCGACUUGAUUUGCCUCGCCGGCGGCAUCAGCGCCUUUGCUCGGCUCCAGCGCUGGCAAGAGGCCCUCCGCGUGCUCAGCGCCGACGAGUUCGACGUCCGGCCGGACCUCGUGUGCCACAACGCCGGCCUCACCGCCCUGGCCGAGGGCCACCAGUGGCAGCGCGCCGUGGCCUUGCUUGCGAGACUCCGUGCCGAGGGCCGAGCAGAUGUCAUUAGCUUUAACGCCGCCAUCACGGGCUGCGAGCGGGCGCUGCGCUGGCGGGAGGCGCUUCGCCUCCUGGAGGACAUCUUCGAGGCGAACCUAGAGCCGAGCGCCACCUCUUUCAACGCCGCCGCCAGCGCGUGUGAGACAAGGUGGGAGGAGGCCUUGGCGCUCUGGGCGCGGGCGCCGUCCAGGGAUGUGGUGACCCUCGCGGCGGUCUUGAGCGCCUGCGACAAGGCGGCGGCUUGGCAACAGGCGCUGGCGCUGACAUUCGACGACCCAGGGCCGAAGAACCAGAUCACCUACUGCUCCUUGGUGUCGGCCUGCCUGCAGGCCUCAAAGUGGGAGCGCGCCUUUGACGUCUGGCACAGGGCUUCAGACGACGUCGCUUCUGUGCACGUUGCGCCUGCGGCGGCGCGGCAGCUGAUGAUGGAGAGCGAGCAGCGAUGCCUGUGGCAGCGUCAAGCUGAGCUGCUGCAGCACUUUGCAAAUGCCUUUGAUCGACGGGGAGCAGGUGCCGUGCUUUGCGCCAAUGCGCUGGCGCUGGCGCCGCAGGCGUCCGGAAGGCCGGCGAGGGGGGUUGCCAACAGCUUGGUGCGCCUCGUGCUCGAGCUGCAAACGGGUGACAUCGAGAAGGCAAGGGCCGUCUACGACGCUGGGGUGCCCAUAGGAGCCGAGGCCUUGCUGAAAGCGGUGCCGCACAAGCAGUUCUCCUUCGCCAAGAUCUGGAAGCUCUACGCGGAGUUCGAGGAGGAGGAUGACGAUGACGAGGAUGACGAUGACGAGGAUGACGAUGACGAUAACGAUGUCGAGGUGCGCCAGCUGGAGCUGGAUCGGGCACGGCGCAUCUACGGCCGCGCCAUCGCGGAGUGCCAGAAGGAGCGGAUCUUCUUGGACUAUGCGGACCUGGAGAUGCGGCUGGGGAACAUCGACCGAUGGCGGCACUGCCUUCCGGACGAUGCCUCGGCAAUGCGCGAGGAAUCACUGGAGGCUCAUGGCACCAUCUACGGCAAGUUCCUGGAGGCGCUAGAGGGGGGGUGA